AUGUCCUCAUCCGACGACGACGCGCCUAUUGCGCGUGGCAGGGCUAAUGGUGCAAAAUCCGAAGACCACGUUCCUAAAGCGAUCGACCAAAAAUUGGACAAGGAGUUUCCCUCCAAUGGUCAUGUUGAACCCGGUGUGUCCGUACGCAUGGGCCCGGUUGACGAGAUGGAUGUCGAUGCGCCAGCCACGAACGGCAACGUCAACGGGAAGCGCAAAGCUCGCAAUAGCAUGCCGAACGGGAAAUCCUACAAGGAGGAGAGCUCUGAUGAGGAUGACAAGCCUUUGAACAAGCGUAGGCGGACAUCUCAGCAAGUUGCGCAACCUAAAGACGAAUCCGAGUCCGAACUCAGCGAUGUGCCAUUGGUCUCGCGCAAGCCUCCGAAGGCCACCCCCGCUCAGAUUGGCGAGUCAUCGGACUCAGACACUCCGUUGAAUACGAAGUUGAUCAAACAGAAAGAGAAGAUCGAACAGGCUGCCUCAAAAGAAGCUAAGUCCAUUCGCAAUAAAGAGAAGGCUGCGCCUAAGCGCAAUGUCAAAGAGGAGAGCGACAGCGACGACGAGCCCAUCGUCAAGAAGAAGAAGCAGCCAGCGAAGCGCGCAUCGAACGGCGUGAAGAAGGACGAGUCCGACUCCGAUGCCCCUCUUGCAAAGAAGAAAGCCCCAGCAAAAGCUCCAGCAAAAGCUCCAGCAAAAGCCACAGCAAAGGCCACAGCAAAGAAGGUGAAAGCCGAACCCGCAACUCCUGCAAAGAAGGGCAAGGGCAAGGCUAAAGCUGAGACCAAGACUGAGCAGGACGAAGAGGCUCAGGAUGAAGAGGAUGAAUACCGUUGGUGGGAAGACCCAACCAAGGGUGAUGGCACGAAGAAGUGGACUACCUUGGAACACAACGGCGUUGUGUUCCCGCCCGAGUAUCAACCUCUGCCGAAGCACGUCAAGCUUUUAUACGACGGGAAACCAGUCACGCUCCACCCGGAAGCCGAGGAGGUUGCCACCUUCUUCGGUGGUAUGCUGAACUCUACCCACAACGUUGAAAACCCCACCUUCGUCAAGAACUUCUUCGAGGAUUUCUCUGUGAUCUUGAAGAAGACUGGCCACGCGAAAGACAAAGACGGCAACACAGUCAAGAUUACAAGUUUUGAGAAGUGCGACUUCAAGCCGAUCUUCGAUUGGUUCGAGUCUGAACGCGCGAAGAAGAAGGCUCUUUCUGCCGCCGAGAAGAAGGCGCUCAAGGCAGAGAAAGACGAGGCUGAAGCACCUUUCAUGUACUGUAUGUGGGAUGGCCGCAAGCAGAAGGUCGGCAAUUUUAGGGUCGAACCACCAAGUCUUUUCCGCGGUCGUGGUGAGCAUCCCAAGACUGGACGCGUCAAGAAGCGAGUCAUGCCGGAACAGAUCACGAUCAACAUCGGAAAGGAGGCCAAGGUGCCGGAACCUCCAGCAGGCCAUCGUUGGAAGGAAGUGAAACACGACCAAGAAGGCACUUGGUUGGCUAUGUGGCAAGAGAACAUCAACGGUGCUUACAAGUACGUCAUGCUUGCAGCAAACUCCGACAUCAAGGGCCAAAGCGACUACAAAAAGUUCGAAAAGGCACGAGAACUGAAGAAGCACAUCGACCGGAUUCGAAACGACUACAAGCGUGAGCUGAAAAGCGAGAAGAUGGCAGACCGUCAGCGCGCCACGGCCAUCUAUCUCAUCGAUCAGUUCGCUCUUCGUGCGGGUAACGAGAAGGGUGAAGAUGAAGCCGACACUGUUGGUUGCUGCUCCCUGAAGUACGAACAUGUUACCCUGAAGCCGCCGAAUACCGUCAUCUUUGACUUCCUGGGUAAAGACAGUAUCCGCUUCUACGACGAGGUCACUGUCGACGAACAGGUCUUCAAGAAUUUAAAGAUAUUCAAGAAAUCGCCCAAGACAUCCGGGGAUGAUAUCUUCGACAGGCUCACUACUUCGGCUCUUAACAAACAUUUGACAGCCUACAUGCCUGGCUUAACCGCCAAGGUCUUCCGUACCUACAACGCGUCCUGGACCAUGGCUAGACUUUUGAAAGAGAUGAAGGCUACGGGUACUAUCCCGGAGAAGGUCAAGCAAUACAACGAUGCCAACCGUCAAGUCGCCAUCCUUUGUAACCACAAGCGGACUGUGGCUGCCGGCCAUGCAGGAUCUAUCGAAAAGAUGCAAGACAAGAUUAAUGGUCUUCGGUAUCAGCUCUGGAGGACCAAGCAGAUGCUUAUCGACAUCGAUCCUAAGCAGAAGAAGAAGAAGGGUGCCGACUACUUCGAGCGCCCUGAGGAUCUCGAUGACGAAUGGGUUAAAAACCACAUCGAGAAAGAGGUGGAAGAGAAGCGCACAAAGAUCACAAAGAAGUUCGAAAAGGACAACGAGAAACUCAAGGCCAACGGCGAAAAGGAGAUGAAGCCCAAGGAGCUCGAUGAGCUCCUGAAGGAGGCUGACGACCUUGGCAAGAAGAUGCGCAAGGAACACAAAUCUGGGAAGGUCGAAGCAGAGGGCAAAGGUCCUACAGUCGAUAAGAUGGAGACGAACGUUGAGAAGCUUAACCAACGGAUCGAGAACAUGAAGAUCCAGAUGGAGGAUAAGGAAGGUAACAAAGAGGUGGCAUUGGGUACUUCUAAGAUUAACUACAUUGAUCCUCGACUCACGGUCGUCUUCUCGAAGAAGUUCAACGUUCCCAUUGAGCGUUUCUUCUCAAAAACACUGCGCGAGAAGUUCGAUUGGGCUAUCAAGUCGGUUGAUGAAGACUGGGAUUUCUAA